UAGUCUGUGUUUUGAUAUUUAGAGAGGUGGACGCCUUCUGCGGCAGUCGUUACUUUAACGACGGAGUAUAAAUUAAACUUAAGAAUUAAAAAUGAGUUCCAGAACAAAUAACUUUAAAAAUCCAUUUUCUCGACCAUGGAUGACGGAGACUGGAGCCGCAGCUGCUGCAGGAGGCUCAGGAUCACUCGGACUGAAGGGAGUCGUCGCCGGUGGAAUAACUGGUGGCAUUGAGAUUUGUAUUACAUUCCCUACCGAAUAUGUAAAAACACAGCUCCAAUUAGACGAAAAAGGAGGCACAAAAAAGUACACAGGUAUCGUCGACUGCAUUAAAAAGACUGUAAAGGGCCACGGUGUUUUUGGACUUUACCGGGGAUUGAGCGUUUUAAUUUACGGCUCCAUACCCAAGUCUGCUGUCAGAUUCGGGGUGUUCGAACAAGCCAAGCAGUAUAUGGUUAAUGAAAAUGGCACACUAUCGAACACAGGAAAACUCGCUUGCGGUCUUGCAGCUGGAGUAGCCGAAGCUAUAUUUGCUGUCACACCCAUGGAGACAGUUAAAGUCAAGUUCAUCAAUGAUACCCGACUGGAAAAGCCCAGGUUCAGAGGAUUCUUCCACGGUGUCAGAACGAUUGUUAGAGAAGAAGGUGUCGGCGGUGUGUACAAAGGUGUGACGGCGACGAUAAUGAAGCAGGGCAGUAACCAGGCCAUCAGGUUCUUCGUGAUGGAGUCCCUCAGGGACUGGUACAAGGGCGGCGACAGGGACAAACCCGUGCCCAAAUACAUCGUCGGCUUGUUCGGUGGUGUUGCAGGUGCCGCUUCCGUGUUCGGCAACACGCCCAUCGACGUGGUCAAGACGAGGAUGCAGGGACUCGAAGCUUCCAAGUACAAGAACACCGUGGACUGCUUCAUUAGGAUCUGGAAGCACGAGGGUCCGCUGGCCUUCUACAAGGGAACCGUACCCCGGCUCAGCAGAGUCGUCUUCGACGUGGCCAUCACCUUCACCAUAUACGACAGUAUCAUGGACGUCUUCAAUUAUGUGUGGAAGUAAGGUCGGUGACGUGUAUGUGAUUGUAAGAG